AUGCUUCGCGCUUACAUUUAUAGAGCCUUACUUCCAUCAGAUUAUAACAUCACGCCGAAGUCCUUUCGCAGUCCUGAUACCUGGCUUGGGCUGCCCUGGGGGCCUCCCGCUGAUAUAUGGUCCUUUGGCGCGGUUAUCGGUUCGUUAAUGCUAGGUCCUUAUGGAGAAUCUUUUGGCUCUUCAGCAGCAAAUGAAGAAGAUACCGACAUCAAGACUCUGCAGAAACAGAACUCAAUGACCAGCCCAUAUCCUGUCGCUCUACUUCAGCGUGCAGGUGGAGAUUGGCCAGUUCUGUUCGAAGUCCUUGCAAAUAUGGAUCAAGAUGAGGGGGAGCCGUUGACGUGGAAAAUGAUUGUACAAGAACUCCAACUCCCGGAGGAAGAUGGGGCUUUCAUCGAGCGCGUCUUGCGAAUCGACCCUUCUGAGCGACCAACCGUAGAGAAUCUGCUCAAAGACAAGUGGUUCUUCUAG